AUGGGACAGCAGGUAGGCCGCGUCGGUGAGGGCACAUCGACCGGACUCCAGCCGCCACAGCCCCACGCGUCCCAAGCACACCAAGUGAAGGGGAACCGGGGGAGCGUUGCCGGGAGGAGACCCCGAGAACCCGGCAGCAACGCCGGUACACCGCCGGGCAGGACCGCUGCAAUCAACGUGCCAGACCCGUCGAUCAAUAUAUUCACGAAGCAUUCAGAAGCUCUCCACAGGCCAUUCGGACUGGACUCUGCGGCCCUGACAGAAGCAGUGCGCUGGAGCUCCAAGGAAAAUCUCUUGGGGGCGACUGAGAGUGACCCCAACCUGUUUGUUGCACUUUAUGAUUUCGUGGCCAGUGGAGACAACACGCUCAGUAUCACAAAGGGAGAGAAACUACGCGUGCUUGGCUACAACCAAAAUGGCGAAUGGAGCGAGGUUCGCUCCAAGAACGGCCAGGGUUGGGUCCCUUCCAACUACAUCACGCCCGUCAACAGCCUAGAGAAGCACAGUUGGUACCAUGGGCCCGUUUCGCGCAGUGCUGCCGAGUACCUGCUUUCAUCCCUCAUCAAUGGCAGCUUCCUCGUCCGCGAAAGCGAGAGUAGUCCCGGACAGCUGUCCAUUUCUCUCCGAUACGAGGGGAGAGUUUACCAUUAUCGAAUCAACACUUCCUCAGAUGGAAAGGUUUAUGUGACAUCCGAAAGCCGCUUCGCCACCCUGGCCGAGCUGGUCCACCACCACUCCACUGUAGCCGACGGCCUAGUCACAACACUGCACUACCCGGCGCCCAAAUGCAACAAGCCCACCGUGUAUGGCGUGUCGCCAAUUCACGACAAGUGGGAGAUGGAGCGCACAGACAUCACCAUGAAGCACAAGCUGGGAGGUGGCCAGUACGGCGAGGUGUACGUGGGUGUGUGGAAGAAGUACAAUCUAACUGUGGCGGUGAAAACACUCAAGGAGGACACCAUGGAAGUUGAGGAAUUUUUGAAAGAGGCUGCAGUCAUGAAGGAGGUUAAACAUCCGAACCUGGUUCAACUUCUUGGCGUGUGUACACUGGAGCCUCCAUUUUACAUCGUGACAGAAUACAUGCCCCACGGCAACCUUCUGGACUACUUGAGGGACUGCGACAAAGAGGAAGUGAACGCUGUGGUUCUGCUCUACAUGGCCACGCAGAUCUCCUCAGCAAUGGAAUACUUGGAGAAAAAGAACUUUAUCCACAGGGAUCUUGCGGCAAGAAACUGCUUGGUCGGGGAGAAUCACGUAGUUAAGGUGGCAGACUUUGGUCUGAGCAGGUUGAUGACUGGUGACACCUACACUGCACAUGCCGGGGCCAAGUUCCCCAUCAAAUGGACCGCACCAGAAAGCCUCGCAUACAACACCUUCUCCAUCAAGUCGGAUGUAUGGGCAUUUGGGGUCCUGCUGUGGGAAAUCGCAACCUACGGCAUGUCUCCAUACCCAGGCAUUGAUCUGUCUCAAGUCUAUGACCUUCUAGAAAAGGGUUAUCGCAUGGAACAGCCUGAGGGAUGUCCGCCAAAGGUUUAUGAACUCAUGAGGGCAUGUUGGCAAUGGAGUCCAUUAGACCGGCCAUCGUUUGCAGAGAUCCACCAAGCGUUUGAAACUAUGUUCCAUGACUCCAGUAUCUCAGAAGAGGUGGCAGAAGAGCUCUGUAAGACGGCCUCCUCCGGUCAUGGAGGUCCCUUGCACUCUUUCGACACCCCGCUGUUGCCCUCCAAAUCGCGCUCAAUGCACAAGCACACAGAGAAUAAGGAAAACAUCGAGGGUGGGCUCGACGGCCGGCCUGACCUCAGCACGCACGGUCCCUCAGGUACAGCUAAGACUUUAUUAGGAGGUGACGGACGCACCGGAGGUUCCCCAGCGCUGCCCAGAAAACAGCAACCCCGUGAUAAAUCUCCUGGCAGCCUUUUAGAGGACGCGCUAGACACGGGGACAUUCACACGAGACCGGAAGACAAGCUUCUUCAGCUCCUUCAUCAAGAAAAAAUCAUCGUCGUCGUCUUCAUCUUCAUCCUCACCAUCUUCCCAGCAUCAACAGAACCUCCCGACGCCCCCCAAAAGAAGCAGUUCCUUUCGAGAGAUGGAGACGCAACCGCACAAGAAAUAUGAGCCCACUGCUGACUUCAGUCCCCCACCUCCACUUCCACAAUCUGACAGUUUAGGGGGCUUUUCUGCGUCCCCUUCUCAUUCCCAAGGCGAGCCCGCACAGACACAGUCACGUUGUUGCGGCGCCGCAUUUGGACAGAAGCCCUCUGCCGGGGGACUCGUUUCCCAAGUAACUAGCGGCAGCAGCUGGGGAGGACUCGCCGGAUUUUUUACCCCCAGGCUUAUCAAAAAGACCCUUGGGCUCAGGACAGGAAAAGCAGUUUGCUCAGGGGAUGGUGGAAACACAGUUGGGGGGCCUAAACCCUUACCUAGGUCCAAUUCUACCUCCUCAAUGUCAGCCGGGUUGCCGGAUCUAGAGCGUAUUGCUCUCACUUUACCCAGGAACCGUAGUGCUAAAACCCCUCUGGAGAGGACCGCUUCAACCACGUCCCAGCCAGAGAACGGGGCUGCACGUCCCCCCGAAACUCUGCUCAGAAGGAUGGAUGAGGGGACCGCACAGAUCAGGGAACGGCCCAAAGCUAAGCUGCUACCCCGGAGCACUGCAGCAGGAGGAAGAGCACCAGGGGUCGGCGGAGAAGUCGGUGACUUGGUCAGAGAGGACGGUGGGCCAGGACUAGAAAGGCAGCAGAGCUGGUCGUCCCCCUCUAAGACUUCAGCCGUCACGUCGGCAAGCGCGAUAACUUCACAAACUCACAACCACAAAGUUCCAGUUCUCAUUUCCCCUACAUUGAAAAAUAGCCCAGGUGAUGUGCAUCUCGUUGGGCUGGACUCUCAGGGGAACCGCUUCAAACUGCUGUCCGAGCACCAGGCCGACAGGGAUAGGCCGCGGCUCGUCAAACCCAAAUGCGCGCCGCCUCCUCCGCCGACUCUACGCGGGACACAACACUCGUAUGGCGGCGAGGGAGACGAGCAUGUCGAAGUCAACGGUGAUACAUUAAAAGGCCACAAGCCAGGGCGGUUGUCAGGAGUGACCACGAGCAGACCGUCUGUGCCACCGCCACAAGUGCCUCCCGCUUCUUCCGCAACUCCCGCUAAAAUGGCUAACGGAGCAGCCGGCACCGCCGCUUCCUCGCACUCCGCGACGUCCGCCGGCUCUAAAGUGGCACUACGGCGAACCAGACAGCCUUCGGAAAGGGUCCCACCUGAGCGGGUCAGUCGCGAGGCCCUUCUGGAGUGUGCCAAUUGCCUGAGUAGCGUUCUCCACAGCGGCUCAGAAAGCCCGUCCAGCAGUCAAGUCCUGGACGCCGGCCACCAGCUCCUGGACUACUGCUCGGGUUACGUGGACUGCAUCCCCCAAAUGAGGAACAAAUUUGCCUUCCGUGAGGCCGUGGGGAAACUGGAGCUCAGCCUGCAGGAGCUGAGGGCCUCGACCUCAGGUGGCGGUGGCCCCGGGUGCGUGGGCUCCAACAGUGUACUAGACAACCUGCAUAGCUGCAUUAAAGAGAUUAGCGAUGUAGUUCAGAGGUAG